GGGGCGGGGCCGGGGCGGCUGGCCGGGGCCCAGCACAUAACUCUGUGCGGCGCAGUCUGGGGCGCAGUCUGGGGCAGCAGACGCCCAGCCGCGCGCAGCCCUGCUGGCAGCAUGAAGGCCCUCCCGGCCCUGCUGCUGCUCCUCUGUGCGGGCCCCUGCGCCCCCCAGGUCCUGGGGAUCCGGGGAGAUGCCCUGGAUAAGUGGUGCCUGCAGCAGCCCCUGGACUGUGACGACAUCUACACCCAGGGCUACCAGACGGACGGCGUGUACCUCAUCUACCCCUCGGGCCCCAGCGUGCCCGUGCCCGUCUUCUGUGACAUGACCACCGAGGGUGGAAAGUGGACGGUUUUCCAGAAGAGAUUCAAUGGCUCGGUGAGCUUCUUCCGGGGCUGGAACGACUACAAGCUGGGCUUUGGCCGUGCCGACGGGGAGUACUGGCUUGGGCUACAGAACCUGCACCUCCUGACGUUGAAGCAGAAGUAUGAGCUGCGGGUGGACCUGGAGGACUUUGAGAACAACACAGCCUUUGCCAAGUACACCGAAUUCUCCAUCUCCCCCAACGCGGUCAGCGCCGAGGAGGACGGCUACAGCCUCUACGUGUCAGGCUUCGAGGACGGCGGGGCAGGCGACUCCUUGACCUACCACAGCGGCCAGAAGUUCUCCACCUUCGACCGGGACCAGGACCUCUUCGUGCAGAACUGCGCGGCCCUCUCGUCCGGCGCCUUCUGGUUCCGCAGCUGCCACUUCGCCAACCUCAAUGGCUUCUACCUGGGCGGCUCUCACCUCUCCUAUGCGAACGGCAUCAACUGGGCCCAGUGGAAGGGCUUCUACUACUCCCUCAAGCGCACCGAGAUGAAGAUCCGCCGGGCCUGAGGGGCUGGCCCCCGCCUGGCGGCCCUGCUGCCCCCCUGUGCAGCCCUGCCUGCCCCCAGCCCCGACCUGACCCGACAGCUCUGCUGCUCUCGGUACCCGCCUCUCCCAGGGGCCCCUGUGACUCCAGCCCGACCGUCCCCGUCACGCCCGUGCCGUCCACCUCUUGGCCAGGCCUCUGCUCCCCUCCCCCUGGGCUACACUGCCGACAGCUUCCCAGACCUCCAAGAGGCACCACGGCUCUGCUUGGACUCGGACCCUGUCCCGAAGGCUGUGGGCCUGUGUCCCACCCUAGCAGCUUCCUGACUGCGGCCUCCGCCGGGGCCCCCGCGCCUGUGAGACCGGCGGCACAGUCUGACCACGCACAGCACGCGCCAGGCCACCUGCGUGUGGCUGUCCCCGCCACGCCCAGUGGUUCCGCCACCGGCAGAGAACCUCCCAACACCUAUCCCCCAGGGGCGAGCGCUGCGGGCCCCCAGCCCCGUCUCACUCGCGCGCUCAGCCUCCCAGGCACCCGGAGCUCAACACCCAAACUGUAUCUCACGCGCGCUGCCGCAAGCCGCCCUAGAACAGCCACAGCCAAGGUCGGCACAGGCGUGAGGUCCCCCCACCUGCCCCGGGGGUGAGUUUGCCCACAGGAGGGGGCACAGGACGACCCCUGUGGGGCUGGGAGCAGGUGGGGAGUGGAGGUCUCAAUAAACCUCAGGACCUGCA